AUACCCCUGAUUCACAGGUGGCAGUAACGCGCCAAGAUAUGCAGCGAUGAGCCAAAAAGACCAGGAAGAAAAAGACUGCAAGCCAGCAAACAUGGAUGUAAACUAUCUGGAUUUCACAGUUCGCACAGUUCAUUUUGGACACAGAUUGUAUGCCUAGGAGCAGCACGGAUGAUGCGUUUUGCGCUUCAGCUGUUCAAUGAAAGAAGAGACGCGCAGAAGAAGAAGAGAUGGGCACCGUUCCUCCUGGACUUCCACCGACCCGGUCCGUGCUGCUCCUACCUGUAGUGUUGGUUCUGGUUCUGGUUCUGGUUCUGGUCCAGCUCUGUGCUGCUUUUAACCUGGACGAGGAGAACCGGGUGGUUUUCACCGGACCGAGGGGGAGUUAUUUCGGCUAUUCGGUGGAGUUCUUCGGCAACUCAUCCAGUAUCAGCGUUUUGAUCGGCGCUCCGAAGGCCAACACCAGCCAGCCCGACGUCACCGAAGGAGGAGCUGUGUACUUGUGUCCCUGGAGCCAAGCCAACUGCAGCAUGAUCAACUUUGACAAGCAAGGUGAUCGAUAUUUUUAUAUCAAUGAUGUGAACACUCAGGUUGAGUUCAAGUCCCAUCAGUGGUUUGGAGCUACUGUGCGUUCCCAUGGCAACAGCAUCCUGGCUUGUGCUCCCAAGUAUUACUGGAGGACCGAACAUGACACACCCUUCGCCGAUGUCACAGGAACCUGCUACCUCUCUGUGGACGGACUCAAAACCUUUGUGGAGUACGCCCCCUGCCGCACAGAAAGACAUGGACCUGUCGGACAGGGCUAUUGUCAGGGGGGAUUUAGUGCCGACUUCACCAAGGACGGGAGGGUUGUGCUUGGAGGACCGGGCAGCUUUUACUGGCAAGGUCAGCUGAUCUCAGCCACCACAGAGGAGAUUGUGAAGGCCUACUACCCCUCGUACUUUCUGCUGUCGGUCGCCGGGCAGAUUCAGACACGACAGGUGCAGGGGAGCUAUGACGACAGUUACCUGGGUUACUCUGUGGCUGGUGGCGAGUUCAGCGGGGAUGAUGAGGAAGAUUUCAUCACAGGAGUUCCAAAAGGACUCAUGCUGUAUGGUGUAGUGUCCAUAUUAAACGGAAGGGAUCUGACGUCUCUGCUCAACCUGACAGGGGAGCAGAUGGGGUCCUACUUCGGCUACGCAGUGGCAGCCACCGACAUCAACAACGAUGGUUUGGAUGACCUGGUGGUGGGAGCUCCAAUGUUCAUGCGUCGAGGGGUCAAUGGGCGUCUGGAGGAGCUGGGUAAGGUGUACGUGUACCUCCAGAGAGGCCCUCUGCUGCUGGAGCCGAGCCAAUCCCACCUCCUGGGUCAACAGGCCUUCAGCCGGUUCGGCACCUCGCUGGCUCCGCUGGGCGAUCUCAACCAGGAUGGAUUCAACGACGUGGCCAUCGGCUGCCCCUACGGAGGAGAUGACCAGCACGGAUUGGUUCUCAUUUAUAACGGUCACGCCGGAGGACUGAUGGACACGCCCACUCAGACUCUCUCUGGCCAAUGGGCUUCUAGCUCUUUCCCAGCCAGCUUUGGCUUCGCCCUGCGAGGAAACAGAGAUCUGGAUCAAAACGGCUAUCCAGAUCUGAUUGUUGGUGCUUUUGGGGUCGAUAAAGCAGUGUUAUACAGGGCUCGGCCGAUAGUGAGUGCCGGUGCGUCUCUUACUGUGCAGCCCACCAUGUUCAACCAGGAGGAGAAGACCUGUGAGCUGAUCACAGCCAAUGAAACCAUUUCUGUGUCUUGUGUCAGCAUCAGUUUCUGCCUGCUGGCUAAUGGGAAGCACCUCCCCUCUCAACUAGGCUUUGUGGUGGAGGUUCAGUUGGACAGUGUGAAGCAGAACCAGAAGGAAUCCAUCAGGAGGACCCUGUUCCUCGAUAGCCAGCAGCCCAGUCUGCUGAAGAGCCUCAGCCUCGCCAACGGAGAACGCUCAUGCCACGACACCAAGAUCUAUCUGCGGGCUGAAGACGAGUUUCGGGAUAAACUCUCUCCCAUUUUCAUCAGCCUUAACUUCAGUCUGGAUCCUCAUGCCUCAGUGGACCAGCAUGGCCUCAGACCAGUCCUGAAUUAUGACACAGAGCAGUGUAUACAGCAGAAGGCCCAGAUUCAACUCGAUUGUGGAGAGGACAACAUCUGCGUCCCUGACCUCAAGCUGGCUGUUUAUGGUGACCGAGCAGAGGUUUACCUGGGUGAUGAAAACUCCCUGAGCCUGACGUUCAACGCCAGGAACGAGGGCGAGGGAGGGGCGUACGAGGCCGAGCUCUACGUGGUGCUUCCCCCCGAGGCCGACUACAGCGGGAUAGCACGCAACAACGUGAGCUUGACUCAGCUGACGUGCAGCUAUGAGGCAGAAAACCAGACCCGCUAUCUCGUGUGUGAUCUGGGAAACCCCAUGAAGUCUGGUACCAGCUUAUGGGCCGGCCUUCGGUUCACUGUGCCCAGACUGAAGGACACUCACAAUACUGUUCAGUUUGAGCUCCAAAUACGAAGUAAAAAUGCGAAUAACUCAGAGAGCGAGGUGGUGCUGUUUGAGCUGGAGGUGGCCGCGAUGGCUGACGUCAUUCUGCAAGGUGUUUCUCGACCAGACAAAGUCGUCUUUCCUCCUCCCAACUGGAAAGUGAGUCAGAGUCUGAGGGAAGAGCAGGAUGUCGGCCCGGAGCUUCAGCAGGUCUACGAGUUGGUGAAUAACGGUCCCAGUGUGGUCAGCCAGUCCACGUUACAGGUGAGAUGUCCUCUGAGGGCUCACGGCCACGAGCUGCUCUACCCUGUGGAGGUGGUCACUGAGGGGCCGCUCAGCUGCUCCUCCAAACACACCUUCAAUGCACUGAAACUCAAGCUCCAGCCUCCGGCAGCAGAGGCGUCCACGUCACUGACGUCCAGAACGGAGCACCACAUCCGGAGGAGGGAAGUCUACAGAGACCUCCUGGCUGAACAAGGAAACCUGACCUGCUCUACGGUGGAGUGCUGGCAGCUGCAGUGUGACGUCGGGCUGCUGGAGAGAGGUGCCAGCGUUAUCCUGACUGUUCGCUCCAGACUGUGGGCUGAGACCUUCAUCGAGAGGUCCUAUAAGCAGUAUGUUCUGGAGUGCUCUGUUCAGUACCAGGUGGACAGGAUGCCUUAUUCUAUUCCUCCCAAAUUCAAGCCAUCAGGAUCCAAAAAGGUGGUGACGGCUGUGAUGUGGAACAAGCCGGAGAGUCCGUUUCCUGUCCCAGUGUGGAUCAUCAUCCUGGCUAUUCUAGCUGGGUUGCUGUUACUCGCCCUGCUCAUUUAUCUACUAUACAAGAUGGGCUUCUUCAAGAGGUCUGAUCCGUACGGUACGACCAUGGAGAAGGCCCAGCUCAAACCCCAGGCGUCCUCUGAAGCAUAGCUCCAGGAAGGAGCCUCCCCUGCAGCUGUUCCUAAGAACUGGAAUCAUCAUCUCAUUCCCAAACAAGUAAGGAAACGAACGAUAAGCAGGCAACCCAUUUAUGAAGGGACAGUUAUGGGUGCUGCAUCACUGGACCUGCACUAAAAUGCCAAAGCAGGAAAGACUACAAGGGUCAUGCAGCUGAGAUAUGCACUGCUGUUUUGGACAUGAAUCAGAAGCUCAUCGGAAUAUACUCCUCGUAUUGUGUUGACCGGGAAAAGAUGCACCUCCAACAAAAGGCACUAACGCUACAGCAUUUCUUCAUUCCUUAAAGGUGUUUAAAGCCGUGUUUGCAGCCCCAGUGUUUCUUGAAAACGUCUGCCUUUGUAUGAUUUAUACACCACUCUUUAUUUAUGGCACAGUGUUAUUUUCCUUAUUGGUUGUUGAAUGUUGUACUGUACUGUCUGCAGGACAAUCCUGAUGAAACUGCAAUGUUUAACUUGAAUCAUUCCUCUCCCAUAUUGGGAGGUAUUUCGUGUCAUGUUGUGAUGUAUGUAAUGCGUUCAUUGUGUUAUGACCCGUUGGUGUUGUGGCCCAGAAUAAAGCCUAAUUUUGUAUACCCA